CCCGACCCCCGUAGCGCCGCUGCCGCCCGGAGCAGCCCCGGCACCGCCCGCACGCUCAUUGCAGCCACAAUGGCAACAUCAUCUGAAGAAGUGUUACUGAUUGUAAAGAAGGUACGUCAGAAGAAGCAGGAUGGAGCUCUGUACCUCAUGGCUGAACGGAUAGCAUGGGCACCUGAAGGCAAAGACCGCUUCACAGUCAGCCAUAUGUAUGCAGACAUAAAAUGCCAGAAAAUCAGUCCAGAAGGCAAAGCAAAAAUUCAGCUUCAGCUGGUAUUGCAUGCAGGGGACACGACCAACUUCCACUUCUCCAAUGAAAGCACAGCAGUGAAGGAGCGAGAUGCAGUAAAGGAUCUUCUUCAACAACUGUUGCCUAAGUUCAAAAGGAAAGCUAAUAAAGAACUUGAGGAGAAGAACAGAAUGCUGCAAGAAGAUCCUGUUUUGUUUCAGCUCUAUAAAGACCUUGUUGUGAGCCAAGUAAUCAGUGCUGAAGAAUUCUGGGCCAACCGUUUAAGCCUGAAUGCAGGGGAUAAUUCUGCAGCACCUAGUAAGCAGGAUGUGGGCAUCUCUGCAGCAUUCCUGGCUGAUGUACGGCCUCAGACAGAUGGCUGCAAUGGUCUGAGGUACAAUUUGACUUCAGAUAUUAUUGAGUCCAUAUUUCGAACAUACCCUGCAGUAAAAAUGAAAUACGCAGAAAAUGUUCCACACAACAUGACUGAGAGGGAAUUCUGGACACGAUUUUUUCAGUCUCAUUAUUUUCAUCGGGACAGGCUCAAUACAGGCUCAAAAGACCUCUUUGCAGAAUGUGCCAAACUGGAUGAAAAAGGGUUAAAAGCAAUGGUGUCUCAAGGAGUGAAAAACCCCCUGAUAGAUUUAACAGCUUUGGAAGAUAAAUCCUUAGAUGAAGGCUAUGGUGUUGCUUCUGUGGCCUCUACAUCAAAUGCCUCAAAGUCUGCUAGAGAAAGCAGCAAUGCUGCCAUCAUAAAACGCUUUAAUCAUCAUAGUGCCAUGGUCCUUGCAGCUGGCCUCAGGAAACAAGAAGCACAAAAUGACCAUUACAGUGAGACCAGCAGUACGGAUGGAAACUCCAGGGAUUCAGAUUUCUUUCAGCCACCACUGAAAAAGGUGAAACUGCAGGAGGCCAUUGAAUACGAAGAUUUAUCAAAGAAUAAUGGCGUUAAAACUAUUGCACUAAACUUAAAGAAGUCUGAUAGGUAUUAUCAUGGUCCAACUCCAAUUCAAUCACAGCAAUAUGCAACCAGUCAGGAUAUAAUUAAUUCUUUUAAUAGUAUUAGACAAGAAAUGGAAGCAUAUGUACCUAAACUAACUCAGGUUCUUUCAAGUGGUGAUGCUGCCAGCACUAUUGCAGUCCUGUCACCUGGAGGAGCACUUAUGCAGGGUGGAACACAGCAAGCCAUAAACCAGAUGGUGCCAAAUGACAUUCAGUCUGAACUAAAACACUUGUACGUGGCAGUAGGGGAACUGCUACGACACUUCUGGUCCUGCUUCCCUGUUAACACGCCAUUCCUAGAAGAAAAGGUUGUGAAAAUGAGGAGCAACUUGGAAAGAUUUCAGGUUACAAAGCUCUGCCCAUUCCAAGAAAAGAUUCGGAGACAGUAUUUAAGCACAAAUUUGGUAGGCCAUAUAGAGGAGAUGCUGCAGACGGCCUACAACAAGUUCCACACGUGGCAGUCCCGGCGCAUGCUGAAGAAGACGUGAAGGCGCACGCUGUACAGGUCUGAGAGCAAAGCCUGCAAUAGGGUAGGAGUACAGCCUAGGUAUGUCCAGAUCAACUUAGAGUUCUUGCAGGAAGACCUGCAAGCUGUGGACUUCUGGAAACGAUGCUAACUGAACUUGCACAUUUUUGAAAAAGAACUGAAAAAAAACUUGAAAACUAGGGAGAAAAACAAGGAAGAACCAAAACAGAAGAGCCGAGGCGCAAAAAUAUUUAAAAGACACUGUUUACUGCAGUUACUCAGGAACUGCUUUUGAUUUGCAUAAAGAGCUGCUUUCAGAAAUAAAAAAUUUAAAGAGGGUGUAUUAAUAAAAUUUGUUUUACUGUCUAAUUUUUUUUUAAGAAGUGUAUGGCACAGGGUAGAUCUCAAAAGUUUUUCUUCACUGGAUUCUGACAUUUUAUUGAAUUGUUUGUACUUUCUGCAACAGUUUAACAAUGGUAUCUUAAAACAUAGCUGAGACUGUUUUUGCUUUAAACAUCUGGGAGAGUAUAGCUGUCAGAAGACAAGCUCCUGCCAUAUGUUUCCCCACCAGUUGGAAGCAAGAGGCAUUGCACUGAAAGUUGUUCAUGGUCUGGGGUCCCUAAAGGUACAUGGGGGCAAACUUUUGCCUGAAGUCUUGGAUUUUUAUGCAGAAUUUUUUCAGCCAUCAGUUUUGCAUGUUUUCCUUUGAGUGCAAGUGUGUGCUACUGCAAUCCUUUUUUUUUUUUAAUGGUGGCAUUUGUUCUGAGGAGAGAAUGCAUUUUUAAAAAUGACAUUAAAUAAAGUUUCUUACAAAAGAAGUCAUUUAUUUUCAAUUCUUAGGCAUUUUUUUAUUUCUUCUCCUAAAUCUGUUUUCCUUCAUUCUUCCCUUUUGACUAUUAUACUGUUUUUGGCGAAUUGAUAAUCAUUGCAAAGAGAAAAAUAUGUUAUCACAAUGUCCAUAGAUGUUGGGAAUCUGUGCCAUACUUUGUUCCAAAUAGAAUCAGUUCACAGUUUCAGACCAACUUGUCUUGUAUUAAAUGUGACUUUAAAUGCAAAGUAACCCCCUUUUCUAGAAUAUAUGCAGUUUAAUGCCAUCCUUUUAUUUUUUUUGUCACCUUGACUGUACUAAAGCCCAGUAUGGGCUACUGAACUUUUUUACUUAAGACUAAGCGUGACUGUUAAAAAUGCAUCUACUACAAAGACAAAUCAGAGCGACAAUAUGUAUUCAAAGCAAGCACAGCAGUGUUCAGUACAGCAGAAGAAAUUCCCAUUAGCCUGCAUGAUGGCUUAAUGGCUAUGUUUUGGUAUGAUGCUAAAAUAUGAUAGUAUGAUGUUGGGUGGAUAAUUCUUGCAAAUUCCUACAGAAGAUGUAUUGGUGUAGCCAAGUUGGUGCUUGUUCUGUGCUGCUGCUCCAUUUAUGCAAGAGGGGUUUUUUCUUUCACUGGUGUGUGGAAGUCAGCAGCUUCUUUUUACCCUUUUUUGCUUUCAGAUUUUUGUAUUAUGCUAUAAUAUUUUGGUAAAAGCUGAGUUUCAGUUAAAUGCCACUGUCUGCACCAAAGUUCUGUUUGGAAAUGUGUGCAUAUUGUUCAGCCUAGUUCCCUGUCUGCCUUUGCAGAUUGAUGCAUGAUCCCUGCUCUGUGCUGUUGAUGUGGUUCUGCUACAAGAAAUGACUGGACUCAACAUGAGGUGCCCCUUGUUCUUGACAGGGUGGAAAUGUCACUAGGAACAAACAGAUGUACGUACAACAUUUGGGGGAUGAGGUGCACAUCUUACCAAGAGUUACCUCUCGUGAUAACUAAACUAUUUCUCUAAAAUUUAGGCUUAGGGGUACGGCUUUAUUAAGCCAAAUCCUCUUAGGUGCAGGCAGCUCCAGAAAGAAAGGGUAGUUUGUUCUCCCCCGAUCCAAAGCAUUUGAUCUAGGAAUUCUGUGACCAAAUUUCAGCUGUUUUGUGAAAGCUAACACACCUUUCAUCAUAUCAGGGCUAGGGUCAAGAAAACCUAAAAUGUCUGAUUUAAAUUCUAACUGUGCCUGAAGCUAUGAACAACGCAUUUAAGUAUUAGACUGCACUGAGACUUCACUAAAAAAUGUAUGGGACAGUUUUGAACAUGGAACUAAUUCACCUUUAAUUGGAGUCAGUAUUUAGUGUUCCUGGAAAGGCUGGGCAAAAUGGUUAGCAUGGUGGAAAAGUUUCAGUGCAUCACAAGAACAUUUUACAGUCCAGAGGACUGUCGUUUAUAACCAUUUCGGGGAUGGUGUUGCAAUAGCUUUAAGUUACUGUAGUGAUAUCAGGCUAUCAAAAUGUACCUUAAUUAACAGAACUAGGGGGGAAGAGGACUAUGAUACAACAGUUUUGCCUAGAGACUGUACAGGCAAGGCUGCUAUGCACUUCAUAUUGCUUUUUCAGGUAUUGUGGCAAUAAGGCACAGGCCCCUCCUCAAGUAAAGGGAGGUAAACUAAAUAUUCUUUCUACGUUAUGUUCCCCUUUUCUGUAGCAUGGUCCAAAACACAGAUUAAUUCCUUGAGUUUUGAAACUGAAUCAUCAUGCAUUAUAUUACUAUUGGAAUCUUUAUACUGACUUGUAUUUUUAAUGAGAAUUCAUAAAACUUGUAUCAUUGGCAUUGAUCUAAGAUUUGUAGAAUAAACCCUACUGAAUUCUAAAGUGAA